UGUCCCAAUGGGCACAGUGAGCACUCCUAUUUUCAACAAGUCGUCUCGCGACGUGGAAUUUAAGGGGUUCCCUUUCUCCGACAGUGAUGACCACAAUCUCGGUUUGAAGCGGGCGGAGGGAGGAGCACGCGUGGUAACUUUAGUCCUUUAUAAAUCUCCUACAAGCGACAACUGCUGUCCGCUUGACACGCGUAAAAAAGACGAGCCGUUCCCCAACUAAAUGGGUUGAGGGAGACGCGUUAAAGCACUAUGCAGUCGCACUUAAGGCAAACUCCGAGCUGUUUUUUAAAAGCUACUUUUAAAGGGAGACUUUCUCAUCGUAAAAUCACAACUGUAUAUGAAACUGAUUUGAUUUCGCCUUAACGCGGACGCCAAACUUGGAAGGGAAAAAAAUCACACAUUAAGUCAGGACCGAGUUUGAGUUCGGAUGUUUAUUGAACAACUUUGUGAUAUGUCUGAAGAAUAAAAAAAAAAAAAAAAGCAAUGAAUCGCACAACAAAGCACUGAAGUUUGACAGACCUGGGCUGGUGUUGGGGUGAGGUGCGGUUGGAGCGCUACGGUGGAAGUGUGCUCAGUUCCACGGGCUACACUGUGCGUCCCGCUGACGAAAACCUCAAUUUUUUUUGUUUUUUGUAACUCUCCUGCUUUCAUCUAUAUAUUUCAGAUCCAUUUGGUGGCCGCACGUCCACCUCUGGAAACAUUCAGCUGCACCUUUACGCACUCUCGCUGUGCGUUCACCGUCAUCCGGGAAUAGAUUCGUUCGAUCUCUUUUUGAACGAAUAACGGGUCUCUUUUUGUGUCGAGACAGUUGAAUGGAUUUUAAGGCACACUUUACUGAAACUAGGGCAUUAGCACCAUACGAGUUUCGUAUAGCCGUUCUUGGGUGAACUUCUUUUUUUUUUAUCUGAGAUUUGAAGACGUCAGAGAGAGAGAAGAUGAACCUGUGUAUCGUCAGCCUUCUCCUCACUUUGGAUUUAGCCACCGUGGCGCUCAGUUUGUCCACAUGCAGCACGCUGGACAUUGAUCAGUUCAAGAAGAAGCGCAUCGAGGCCAUCCGAGGGCAGAUCCUGAGCAAAUUGAAGCUCGCCAGUCCCCCGGAGGACUUCCCCGAGCCCGAGGAGGUGUCUCGAGACAUUGUCGCCAUUUACAACAGCACCCGCGACCUGCUGCAGGAGAAGGCGAACGAACGGGCGGCGACAUGCGAGCGGCAGCGGAGCGAGGAGGAGUAUUACGCCAAAGAGGUGCACAAGAUCGACAUGCAGCCUUUCUACCCGUCAGAGAAUGUUAUAUCUCCUACACACUUCAAUCCUUACUUCAGGCGGCUGACGUUUGAUGUGUCUUCCAUGGAAAAGAACGCCUCCAACCUGGUGAAGGCGGAGCUCAGAAUCUUCCGUCUCCAAAACCAUGGAGCCCGAGUGUCUGAGCAGCGCAUCGAACUCUACCAGAUUUUAGGACACAGAGACCUGACGUCCCCAACACAGCGAUAUAUAGACAGCAAGGUGGUACAAAUGCGAACGGAGGGAGAGUGGCUGUCCUUUGAUGUGACAGAGGCAGUGAGUGAAUGGCUGAACCACAGAGACAGAAACAGUGGAUUCAAGAUCAGCCUGCACUGCCCGUGCUGCACGUUUGUACCAUCAAAUAACUACAUUAUUCCCAACAAGAGUGAGGAGCUGGAGGCACGGUUUGCAGGUAUUGAUGACAGCUUCGUCCAUGGUGUUGACCUGAAGGCGUUUAAGAAUCGGCGACACAGCACUCAGGCUCCACACCUACUUCUCAUGCUGCUGCCUUCAUACCGGCUGGAGUCCCAGUCCCAGCACACAAACCAACGAUCCAAGAGAGCGCUGGACACAGCCUACUGCUCCAAGAACGUUCAGGACAACUGCUGCUUACGGUCACUCUACAUUGAUUUUAAGAAGGACCUGGGCUGGAGGUGGAUCCACGAGCCCAAGGGCUAUGAGGCCAACUUCUGUGCCGGAGCCUGUCCAUAUCUGUGGAGCGCCGACACCCAGCAUUCCAAGGUGUUAGGCCUGUAUAACACCAUUAACCCUGAAGCAUCUGCAUCGCCCUGCUGCGUCUCUCAGGACUUGGAGCCCCUCACCAUCCUCUACUACAUUGGAAAGACCCCCAAAAUAGAGCAGCUCUCCAACAUGAAGGUCAAGUCCUGCAAGUGCAGCUAAAAGCGCUUACAAGCCAGCACAAACACACUCUCCUUCCUUCACACAAAAAUAGACACAGACACACACACACACACGCACAAACACACACACACACACACACACACACACACACACACACACACACACAUACACAUAUACAACUGUAUUUUCUCUUACAUUACAUUAUACUCACAGCAGUGUUUUCACACCGGCACUUUGGGGUAGUGUGCUGGAGAAUGGAGGAACAGAUUCAAUGCAUACACAACAUAUAGAACAGUGUCGUCAUGAUACCAGAAAGUUGACUUUGAUACCAAUGCUGAGUACCAUAGUUACAGUGUUGCAUUGCAUAGGUUGACACUGCCUAAUUACAAGCAGACUGGGGCUUGUGUACAAAGAAUGUCAUGGAGAGCACAAGAGUCUUUAGUUUGUUGUGUAAUAUGUUGCUUUCCAAGCAUUAGGAGCUGUUGGCUGUCCAACAUGCAGCUUUUUUUCACCUAUUCAACCUUCUCCAAGAGGAGUGCCAGUGUAUUUAUUUGGUGCUACACAAGUCUGAAUGACAUUGUUCUUAUGUAGCCAAGCAAACCAAGACAGCAAAAAAUAAGAAAGCCCUCACAUUUAAUAGCUUUAUAUGUAGCUGAAAACCAGCAGUAGAGGGUUUGAGAUUUUCAUCACUACUGUCUUUAAGUGAAAUAUUUAGAUAUUUUGCUCCUGGCAACAGUUUAUAAACCAUAUUAAAGGGGUGGUUCAGAAUUUUAGAAAUAGGACCUCAUUUCCAAGUUAGCCAGUGUGUUAUUUAUCAGUGGAGACCGUUUUCAACACUUUUCAUCCAGUCCUUCCAGUUGCAGAGUUCGCUGGUGCUAGGCUAGCUCAAGUCAACGGUAUAUGCUAGCCUGCCAUUAAAAGCAGUCUUACACACUCCACAGUACACCCGAGGCAAAUAAAUUAUAACGCCAGGCCAUCGAUGUAAAUGUCUGUUGAUAGAAUAAUGUUAGAAUUAAAACUACCCUUGCAUCGCAUUGCAAUAGUUAUACUUUGUUCCCUGUAGUUGGUAGCAUAGGCUACAGCAGCGGCGGAGUGAUAUUACCUAGGCUACCUAGAAAGCCGGUUUACAUGACAAUCACGCAAGUUUAUUUACUUGCCGCUGUGAGCUCCAAUAAUUUCACUCUGCCAGGCUAUAACUCACAUAACGUUACCGGUACAUGAAAGCACACGGGCUAGCAAUUUGCAUGUAAACUGUCCAAGCUCACAUGACGUUUCUGUCAGCAAUUACCUAAAGUUAGCGGUUAGCCCAACCAGGUAUCUACCAAGAGUGUAGCUAUACCGUUAACGUUGUCACUCUCCACAAUGCAUUGAACAGUAACUUUAUCUCCACUAACGUUGUCAGUCUCAAUCUAUCAGUAGCAGCUAGGCUAAUGUUAUGAAAGGGGCUAGCUUUUUUAGCUAGAGUAGCCUACCAAAAGUUAUUACUUGUUCAUCAGUAGCUGUUGGUGCAUCUACAAAGACGGAUGGAACCGCAUUCAUUGUCAGUGACUUGUGGUCCUUUAGAUUGUGGGUUUUUUCAAGUCAUCUGAUCUAAAAUGAUCAUUACACAUUUGCCACUUGGGUAGGGUCUCCCGACUGGAGUGCGCUACUCUGUUUACUUUUUGGCGCAGUGCUACUAACCGGAGCUAAGUAAAAUUCUGCUGCUGUUGAGAAACUAGUCCCUCAAAAUGUAAUGCGAUCAUUGAGAUGCAAGGGUAGUUUUAUUUCUAACAUUAUUUUAUCAACAGACAUUUACAUCGAUAGUCUGGCAUUAUAAUUUAUUUGCCUCGGGUGUAAUGUACACUGGCAAACUUGGAAAUGAGGUCCUAUGUCCAAAAUUCUGAACCACCCAUUUAAAUAAAAAGGGAUCCAGUUCAUGAUGUGAAAAACUGGUUGAUGCCAAGCAGCAACUGCGUGAUGAAUCCAGUGAAAUGCCUUAAAGGUAGCGUUGGUAAAGUUGGAAAGCUCCUUCCAAUCCCUCUGCAUUUGAAUUCAGGACUUUUACUGUGCAGUAUUAACAGAUUUAAUAUUAGCCUUUGAGUACUUUUUCUACCACUGCCAUUAUCAACAUUCCCAGUUAGAGAAAGGGUGAAAGUAAAGCAAGACAGCAUUUAACUGCAGCCCCCAAAUCACUAAAUCCGCCCCUGAAGAACACACCAAGUUGCAGCUACUUGUGGCCAGAAACACACUCAGCGGAGGUAUUAAUUUCAAAACAGGCAUAUUAGUUGCUUGCUUUGACAUAACUACAGCAGUUAUUAUAAAACGUUAUUAGGGUUCUGCAAUGGCAGAGUGGCACUUUUCCUGCAGGAUAUCUGCUCAUGUUCGUUGACUCCAGGAAAAUGAAGAAGAGUUUGAGUGUAAUGUUAGUAUACCCAGAAUCGUGAUCAGAAACACACGGUGAAAUACACAGGGGGUGGCUGUGAAUCGGAGGUAGAGUAGGUCACCCCUUAACCACAAGAUUGGCAGUUCAAUCCUAGUCUCCUCCGGCCACAUGUCAAAGUGUCCCUGAGCAAGACACUAAACCCCAAAUUGCUCUAUGUAGCUCUCCACUGCCUGUAAUACUUAGGAUAGGUUAAAUGCAGAGAUUUAAUUUCACUACAUUGUACUGUAUGAUUUUAUAUGAAGAAUAAUAAAGUUUCUUCUUCUCACUUAGCGGAGAUAUUCAUCUUUCAAAGAGAUGUAUAGGUCACUGGUGGCCCCCUGCAGACGGCAUGCUUGACAAAGCCAUGAAGCCUGGCAGAGCCCUGAGGCCCCGCCCCCACUGCUGCACAGCUGUUUGCUUGUUUAUUAGGAGUUUAUUAAUAUUAUAUGUGUCCAAAUUGCAUCAAAUCUUACACAAAGCACACCAUUAGGUCUCCAGCAAUACAUACGCCAAGUGUGAAGUCAGAUAAGAUAAACCUUUAUUGCCAUUGCACAGAGAUCCACACAAUGAAAUUGUGAGUGCCAUAAUAACAUUGACAAUAAAUAGCUAAAAACAAGAAUUAAUUUAACAGGAAAAGUAAAUCGGAAGAACAGUUCUGGAGAUAUGCAAAGGACAGACAGACAGACAGAGAUUCCCUGCUUUGUUUUAUUUUUUUUUUCAAAUUUAAAAUGUCUAGCUUACAUAUCUGGGUCACAAUUCUUUAAUGACCAAAUUUUAAGAUUUCAGUGGUAGUUGCUUUGGUGACACCCCUGGUGUUUGAUUUGAAUUCCCUGCCUUCUCCAGUGCACACAUUUGCACUGCCUAGAUGCAGGUAGGUAGGUAGGUAGGUAGGUAGGUAGGUAGGUAGAUAGAUAGAUAGAUAGAUAGAUAGAUAGAUAGAUAGAUAGAUAGAUAGAUAGAUAGAUAGAUAGAUAGAUAGAUAGAUAUUUUAUUCAUCCUGAGGGAAAUUUUAGUGGUCGUUUGAGUAUUUUGGUGACUCUGAAACAAAUUUCAGCAGGCAGAACACAUUUGAUGAAAAUAUAUGUUUGUAGUAAAGUAAUCUUUAGCAGUGGUAUCAAAGUCAUGCCAAAAUGUGGCUUAUUGUGGCCCCGCUGCACAGGACACAUACAUGCUACACAUUUAUGAUACACAUACAUACAUAUAUGCAUACAUAUGGCUUUUGUACAGGUAUGUCCCUGUUCGCAAUUUAAGGGCCCUGUCAACAUGCAUCACCUCACACAAUUGUCACAUUGAGAUAUAAGAUUAAGGCAAACACUGGAAGUAUAAGUGAUAAGUGUCUACAUGUGAAAUAAGUCCUGAAAAUAACACAGCCCCACACCUGACAUAUACCCCACCCCUUCACUCCCCUCUGUCCACAACUCACCCCUACACAGUAUUCACAGCCACAGCAAAGCAUGUUCUCAUUUUUGUGUGUUCUUGUCUGCUAUCCUUUCUAGUUUUUCUAAAUCAAGUAUAGGGUUGGGUAUCGUUUGGGUUUUUUCCGAUACCGGUGCUAAAGCGGUACUUUUAAAAUGGUGCCAGUGCCUAAACGGUGCCUGAACCGAUACUUUUUAAGAAAGUUA